CUUGGGAGCCCGUUUUCACUGGCAGAGCACUUGGGCCACCACAGGCGCCUCCGACAUGAGUGACAUCGAGCUGGCCAUGACCACACACACACACCCCGAGGUCAAACACAACCCUGAUGCACUCUCAAUGAAAUUGAGUUUGAUACCACUGGUCUUGGGCAUCACUUCAGGGACCUAAUGUCCCUUUAUUUUAAGGGGAAGGAACUUUUUCCAUGUUUGCUUAAAAUAGUCUGCUCAUGUGCUGAGGUAGGGUGCCCACCCUGCAAAAAAAUCAGGCUAGGACUUAUUUUCGGGGUAGGUCGUAUUUUUGGGAAAACUGUGUGUUUGUGUGUGUUUGUAUAUAUGUGUCUGUGUGUAUAUGAAAACCAUCAGAAAUAUAGGAAGGUGCUAAGGUGGAUGAUCAUUUUAGUGAUAAUGGCAUCAUGUCAUAUUGCACUAGAGAAAGCAAUAAUAAACUACUGUAUUUUUCAAGGAAGCUAUGUGGAUAGACAAGAUGAAGGAAUUGUCAAUAUAUUGCUAGAUAAAGGGCCCCUUGAGUCAGAUGGCACUCAAUGUACUACUAAGAAAAAGUUGACACUCUUUGACAGUGCUAAUUGUGUUUUUGAUGCAGUUAUAUUUGUUUCCAGACUAUUAGUUGCUGAUGUUAUCUGAAGCUGCAAAGGCACAACUACAAUUGGAACAUAGAAUAAUAAAAGAAUUAGUUACAGAACUUGAAAAUAAGGAAUCUGCAGUAGGGAAUCUAAACAAACAAUUGAGAAGCUUUCACAAAGAAAAGGAAGAUAUAUGGAGACAAUCACAAUUGGUCCAGAAAACAUUGCAACGACAUAAAUUCAUCCUAAAGAAAGCUUUUAAUGUUAUUCCCUUUAUUAGGGGAGAGCUAAACAAGUUUAAAGAAGAAAUACUUGGUUUUCUCAGAGAAUGGAUUUUACUAAAAGGAGAUAUAUUUUUACAACUAAAAACCAUUAAUAAAAUAGGACUGGCAGAAGAAUCCAGUUUGAACCAAACCUUAGGUGAGUGUCAGAGGAAAAAUCUAAUCCUUCAAAAAGAGGUGGAACACCUAAGACUGAAGUCAGAUGCAGCUGCACUGGAAACUAAGCAACUUCAGGCUUCUCUUUUACGGGAGAAUGAAUUACAAAAUAAAUGCAAUGAAUUACAAAAGAAAACACAAGAUUUAACAGAUGAAAUACAGGCAACUGAACUCAAGUUCCAGAAAGCUGCAGAUGAAGUUACAUAUUUUAAAGAAUUAGUCAUAAAGAAAUCAAAAGAAUGUGAAGACCAUCAGAGGGAAUUUCAAACGUUGUCAUCUGAAAUUGGAAUAGCUAAAUCUCGGUUUACUCAUAUGGUGACAGAAAAAGAACAAUCUAUACUUGCCUGCCAACAAAUGUAUCAACGUUUACAGGAAGAAACAAUUGAGAAAGAAAAGAGAGAAGAUAAUUUUAAAAAACGAAUAAAGAUUGUGGAAAGUGAACUGGAAACAAUCAACAAGCUUCUGAAACAGCGAGAGGAAGAAAUAGUCAUGCUUAAGCAAGAAAGGGAAUCUGUGCAGGUUUCCCAUCAGAAGAUAACAGAACGGCUGCAGGAAACAUUAAGGCAGAAAGUGCUGAAUGAAAAAAAUUGGCAAGAAAAGGUUGAAACUGAUAAAGUGAAAGAACACACCGGUCACAAAGAAGAGAUCGUUAGACUCAAAGAGGAAGCCAGAAUGGAACUAGAUAUUGAGAAACAAAAGCAUCAGGAAUUAAUUGCAAAAUAUCAGAAAGAUCAAGACGAGCUGCUACAUACAAAGAUACCUCUACUGAUAUGUAAUGCUACUAAUAAACUGAAGGUUGAAAUGGAGACACUUGAAAAGAAACUCCAUGAAGCGGAGAGGAAGGUUAAUGAGAAAGAUCACAAGAGGGAAAAAGAAUGGCAAGGCCUCAGAAGACAAAUAACUGAGCUUGAGUUCCAGCUGAAGGAAGAACAGAGCAUUCAUAAUUCAGUGACAGAAGACAUGAAAGAAGAAAUAAAAAAGAAGACCCAUGAACUGGAAAAACUAACCGAGGAACAAAAACAAUUGAUUCAGACAAUGAAUCAAGUUCAAGAGGAGAAUGCCCUUCUCCAGGACACUGUACGCAGGGAGUGUGAGGAACGCUAUGAGCUUACUGAGGCUUUGGUUCAAGCUAAAGAACAAGUCAUGGAACUAAAAAAACUUGGUGGAAACUUUCCCUUGACACAGUGUUCCCUCGGUCAGGGCAGUUCAACUUCCUCCUCCACUUUGAUCAACAGUCAAAGGCGCCCAAAGGCUUCAAAAGGGAUAACAUCUGAGAUUUCAAGGACCACUAAAGCAGUAGUCUGUGGUAGGAACCAAAACAACUUCAGUGUUAGCUUGCCUGCUAUACCUACAUUGCAGUCACCUCAAAGGAGAACAUCUCUAGAUGAAUCCAGGAGAAGGAUCUCAGCAGUUAUAAAAAGACAAAUGAGUCAACUAUGAUGAGAAAAGAAUUGCUACCCAGGAUCAACAACUUUGGCACGUUAUCUAAGUUUCUUAAAGUGAGCCUUUAGGAGGUAAUGUUAGAAGAAAAUACGUUUCUGGGAAUAAACAUGUUUUUAGGGAUGAUUGGUUUUUUAUGCUGACAGCAUGCUACAAAGCAUUUGGCAUGCUUUGCUUACCAAAACAUUUGUAUUUUAUUAUACAAUCAUGAUUCCUCACUUCAAUCAGAAAAUGGUGGUGAUUUCAGUAUAGUGGUUUUCUGGCUUGCCACUGCAGGCUGCAAGAUCCAGCUCAUAUAUCUUCCUUCCUGUUAGACGUUUACUUAACCUAGCAAAGUAAAAAUCAUAGAGAAACAUCCCAGUCUAACUUUGUAAUACCUCAUUAAAAAUAGGAUGUCAUCAAGAGUAAGCUAAAAAUUUUCUUGUGAUUGCCUACCUAGCUGCAUAUGAUUAUGGGAGCCUCUACUUGCAAUGGGAACUGCUAUUAUUCAGACACACCCAGCUCAAUGUAAAUUAAUAUGUAGUAUGCAUCAUGUGUAUAUGGAGUAGAACAAAUUAAGUGAUUUUGUUCCUUUUUCCCUUUCCCCACCCUUUGGACACAGACUCACCUGAACACACACAAUGGUAUUUUAAUUUUGCAA